AUGGAAUCUAGCUCCAAGGCCCCCGUCAAGCUCGUCAAGGUGACCCGAGUGCUCGGCCGUACCGUCUGUCGUCGCCCCUGCUGUUACGAUUUCGUCGUCGCCCCUGCUGCUUGGAUUGGAUGCUCUCGUGGUGGUGUCACCCAGGUCCGUGUCGAGUUCAUGGACGACCAGACCCGUUCCAUCAUCCGAAACGUCAAGGGUCCCGUCCGUGAGGACGACAUCCUCUGCCUCCUCGAGUCCGAGCGUGAGGCCAGACGUCUGCGAUAA